GGGGGGCGCCCGAAUCACAUACCCAAUGCCCAGCUGGCGACAAACAGAGAGAAAUUAAUAAAAGCGUAAAGGAGGAAGGCAUACCUUUUUCUCCAUAAUUCCUGUUCUCCAGACAUCACUGCCUGAUCUCGAAUCCCAGAGGCUCGAAUUCGUCGUUUGCCUAAGGGUCUUUGCGAGCACUCCCACUGAAGUGAAUUUUUGAGUAAGGCAUGGCCUGCAAAGGGUUUUGGGAAUGCUUGUUGAAGCUCUUGAACUUCUUGUUGACUCUUGCGGGUCUGGCUGUUGUGGGGUACGGGAUCUACUUGUUUGUGGAGUACAAAAAGUCAGAGUCUGAUGAUUUUAGUGAGGCACCCACAAGCGAUGAUGUGGUACAGCUUGGCCGUCCGAUGCUCAUGGCCAUCUCCCUGUCAAGCAGCAUAUUUGAUAAGCUCCCAAAAGCAUGGUUCAUAUAUUUAUUUAUUGGUGUCGGCGUUGUCCUCUUUGUAAUAUCUUGUUUUGGUUGUAUUGGAGCGGCAACACGGAACGGAUGCUGCCUGACUUGUUACUCAGUUCUAGUGAUCUUGCUGAUCUUGGUAGAACUAGGAUGUGCAGCUUUCAUCUUUUUUGACAAAAAGUGGAAGGAGGAAAUUCCAACAGAUAAAACUGGAGUCUUUGAUACAAUUUAUGAUUUUUUGGAGGAAAACUGGGAAAUUGUUAAAUGGGUUGCUCUUGGGGUGGUUGUUUUGGAGGCCCUUCUUUUCUUGUUAGCUCUUAUUGUAAGAGCUGCAAAUAGACCAGCAGAAUAUGACAGUGAUGAUGAAUAUAUUGGUGGUUCAAGGCAACAGAUCCGACAACCAUUGAUCAACAGGCAACCAGUUCCAGCGGCUGGUGUCCCUGUUGCUGGUCCCCUUGAUCAGCGUCCUGGCAGAAAUGAUGCUUGGAGUGCACGUAUGAGAGAAAAGUACGGGCUUGAUACUUCUGAAUUCACAUACAACCCAUCCGAGCCGAACAGGCACCCGCAAGCAGCAGCACAGCCAGCAGAGGAAAGGAGUCGUUGCACUGUCAUGUAGUCAACCUCUUGAAAUUGGUUGGUUUCUUAUAACUGAUUUUCAUCGAGUGGCUGGUGUGAGAAUUUUGUAUCUUAAGAUGACAAUAUAUUUCCUUUGUCAGGUUUGUUGUACAAAACGGAUUCUCAAGGGCUAUACUUAAUGUUUCCCCUCUCUUUAACUUCGUUUCAGAAUGGAAUAUUUUCAAAUGCAUUAUCAUUUGGUGUAAACUUAAAUGUUAGGUUCGGGAUUGAGGCUUGCUAAUGUAUUGAAGUUGAUUUUUAGAAUUUGUGUCAGGAAAUUGAAGACUAGUGAAAUGAAUUUCCUUGUGAAAUGUUGACAUUGA